AAGGUGGGAGAGGAUGACCCAAAAAUCAUUUUCUUUUAUAACCAAAUGUAAUGAUAAAUAUGUAAAAUAAUUUUUCAGACUUUCUUCGUGGUGUUUCUACUCAUGAUUAAUCCAUUUGAGUGUCAGCAAAGGAAGACGCGGCUUUAUCAAUGGAAGGGAGGCGUAGAUCUAUUUUGCGCCUCCAUCCCCUCGCAGUUACAGACCUGGCAUCUCAUUCUGACAGGCGACUGAGUCUGAUUCCUAUUGGGUCAACCGCUGAUGGGUGGACUGAAUAAAUAGGGAGUGAAAUGCGGUUAAGAUGAGUGGAAGAGAAGCAGAGAAGCUGGAAGACGCGCCUCAUAGUAGCUGCAGCUGCGCGCAACUGGACUCGGACCAACACUCAGAAUUCCGCUCCUUGCAUGUGUUUUCCCACCACCUGUUUCUAUUCUUUUUUUUUUUUUUUUUUUUUUGAAACCCUCCUGUUCUGCGGUCCAAGUUCUUCAUCUCCCGCAAGCAAACAGGUUGGAAGAAGAAGCGAACCUCCUCCUCUCCGGGCGCGUCUUUGAAUCACCUUGAAAUCAACAUCAUGAUGAUGAUAAUUGCGGAGUUCUUCGUGGUCAUUCUGAAGGUGAUGUGGGCUUUUGUCGCCGCCGGCGCGAAGUGGGUCGUGCCACGCAAAGAGAAGAGCGUGGCGGGACAGGUGUGCGUGAUCACAGGGGCCGGAAGCGGCCUCGGCCGGUUGUUUGCCAAGGAGUUCGCCCGGAGAGGAGCGACGCUGGUGCUCUGGGACAUCAACAGCCAAAGCAACGAGGAAACGGCGGAGAUGGUGCGGCAGAUUUACAAGGAAUUAGACGCUCCUCCUCUAAAAGCAGCUGUUGGAGGGGUAGAGGAAGUGCCCACUUUCCAGCCCCACGUCCACACUUAUGUGUGUGAUGUGGGAAAGCGGGAGAACGUGUACUCCACGGCGGAGCAGGUGCGUCGAGAGGUGGGAGAAGUGGACAUACUGAUCAACAACGCCGGUGUGGUCUCAGGCCACCACCUUCUGGAGUGCCCAGACGAGCUGAUCGAACGCACCAUGGUGGUCAACUGUCACGCACACUUCUGGACCACCAAGGCGUUUCUCCCCAAAAUGUUGGAGCUGAAUCAUGGUCACAUUGUAACUGUUGCCAGCUCCCUCGGUUUAUUCAGCACAGCUGGAGUGGAGGAUUACUGCGCCAGUAAGUUUGGUGCCAUCGGUUUCCAUGAAUCUCUGAGCCAUGAGAUUCAAGUCUCUGAAAAGGACGGCAUCAGCAUGACUCUGGUGUGCCCUUACCUGGUGGACACAGAGUUGUUCAAAGGUUGCAGGAUAAGGAAGGAGAUUGAGCCUUUUCUGCCUCCUCUGAAGCCAGAGUUCUGUGUGAAACAAGCCAUGAGGGCCAUCCUGACAGACCAGCCGAUGGUCUGUACUCCUCGCAUUGUGUACAUGGUUAACUUCAUGAAAAGCAUUCUGCCCUUUGAUGCCAUCGUGUGCAUGUAUCGGUUCCUGGGUGCCGACAAGUGCAUGUACCCUUUCCUAGCUCAGAGAAAGGAGGCGAUGAACAACAAUGAGGCAAAGAAUGGAAUCUAAGAGGCACCAUUAGCAAACAAGGGCAUUUAAAGCUGCCGACACAAGGAAACAACCACUGAGGAUGAAAAUGGGGAAGAUGAAAAGACUGAAUCUAGACUGGUGCACUUGCAUUGAGCUGAUGCAAAGGUUUACCAUAUUGUUCCUCUGGAACAAAGAAAGCUGUGUACUACACAAAAGAUAUAUUUGACUUUUUUUUUGUUUGUUUAAAAAAAAACAUCAUCUAUAUAUUAUCAUUAGUUUUUGAAAUCUUAAAAAAAGGUAUCCAGUAAUUAACUAUUUACGUAAUGUAGUCAUUGUGGAAAUAUACAGUAUGUUACUGUACAAACAGUAAUCUUCCACUUUUAUUUUUGUAGACAUGCACUGUAAUUUCUAAAUUUUUUUUUUUUUUUUGCUAAUGUAAAUUUGAAUGUUUUUUUUUUCUACACUGCUAGCGUCCUCUGAUUUAUUUUCAUUUCAACACAACAGCCAAUGUUUCUAGCGCAGUGGCUCAAUAAGUCCAAUGCCAUGAAGUACAAAUAAAUAUGUUACUAUAUUACAGUUUUGUUUUAUUGCUUUGGGACUGUUGAGCAUAUUUCAAUACGGUGCAAGCACUCCAUAUCCAACACCAGAUGACUUUCUUUUUACAGGAGUUUUUGGACUUUUUUUUUUUUUACUUUAGCCAACUUCUUAAAUAAAAAGUACACGAGAGCUGGGUUUUGUAGACUGAAUUGGCUUGUGGUGUAUUCAGAAUGUAUAGCUGGAGGAGAAAUCCAGUAGAUCUGUAUUUAUAUUUCUCUUUUGUGCCUGUUUUCCAAGAAUUGUGGUCCUAAUGUAAAUUUUUCUGUUACAAUAGAGAGUAAUAAAAAAAAAAAAAAUUUGAAUGAAACCGCGGUCCAGACACUGUUUGCUCAAGGGAAAUGUUUUUGUACUCCUUUCCUUGAUGGUUCCUCUUGUCCAAUUUUAAAUGUAUCCGUUAUAAUGUUGUGAACAUCACAUUUGACGUUUUUGUGCUUUGUUUUCCUCUGUUAAACAGUUUUCUUUCAUUUCAACACAAUAUUACAUUCCACUAGGCAUCAUCACUUCAGUGAUGUGCCUAAGUUCUCUACCUCUUAUUUUUUUUCCCCCUUUUCGUUGGAUGUUAUAACAUGCCGUUUUGCUCUUUUUGGUUAUUUUCUGAAAUCUGCCCACUAGCAGAGAAAGUGUGGUUCCAAUGUUUAGUGUCUCUAUCUAACUUAAAUUAAUAAAAUAAUUUAGAUUAUUA